AUGUGUGACUGCUUCAACAUGGCAUAUCAAGAUAAAACAGAUGCUCUGCAGUUGAAUAUAAAAGUAAACAGUGAAAACUUAACACCAAUUCCACAAAAAUACAAUACAGGAUCAUUGCGAAUACCAGCUGAUCCUUCCUGGCCAAAAAUACCGCAACGAAAAUUAGCUGAUGAUAUUAAUAAUGGCAUUAAACUUUCAUGCAUAGACACUUUAACUGGAACACCAGAAAAGAGUCACACUAUAGUACAAACACCACUAAAUCAAUCUUCUAAAUCAACAAUAACCAAGGACAGUGCAUAUUCUUCUUUUAAUUGCCAAAGAAUUACUUCAAGUAUGCACACUUUAAAAAGACUGCCUGGUUACAUUGAUCCUCGUUUUAAAAAUAGAGUAACGAAUAUCAAAAGGAAUCAAGUAACAUCAAUUGAUACAGUAGAGAAGAAAGCAAAUGGAUCUGACCUUACUAGUUUCACAGAAUCUUUACACAAUGAAGAGAUAGCGAAGUCAAUACCUGAGCAAGAUAUUAAUUUGCAACAAAUAAAAAUGCAAGAAACAGAAAAGCCUCAUGGAACAAGGAGAAUGGAGAAGAUCAAUACAAGACCAACUCUACAUAAUUAUGAAUUAUAUGAAAAAAAGAAUAACUGCAUUCAGAAUUCUAAAGGAAACAAUAAUGUUAAUAACAAUCAAGAACCAAUUUUAGAGCAAAAAAAUAGUGCAAAUAGUACUACAUCAAAAUCUCUGGGUAAUAAUAUCGAAGAUAUUGACAACAAUAAAAUUAAAGAAAUGGAUAAAUGUGUGAAGAACACAAGUUGUUAUAAUUACAUACCAAAAUCAACAAUGAAUGAUGUAGAUACACAAGUGAAUAUAACUCCUUUGCCAGUACAAGAAAAUAAUGGACAGUUGUUUUUUGUAUUGGACAAAAAACUUCAAUCCCAUCCUUUAAAUGCAAUACAUGUUGAUACAAUCCCUUUGCCUCAAGAAUAUCUAAAACAAUGUUAUAAUCUACAAGUUCCAGUUCUUACUUAUCAAAAUAUACCAAUGCAAAUACCUACUAUAGGAACAAAUAAUGUUAUCCAGCAAUGUUCAAGUAAUUCAGAACAUAGAAAACAAUCUGACACUGCAUUUAUAAUGAAAGAAGCAGAACAAUGCGUGAAUUCUCCUAAUACAGAAUCUUUGAAACAAAUCACACAAGUAACUCUAAAUCAAAUGCAAAAUAUCAAUAAAUCUCUUGAGAAAAAUAUAUAUGACACUGAAAAGAACAACAGUUUAAAAGUACAAAGUACUAUAUCUGAUAAAAAUAGAGAAAACUGUUUAAACCCAAAUGACAGUAGUUCAAUUACCAAAAUCUCAGUGAAUGCAAAUAUACCUGAAAAAUUGGAGAGUACACAAACUCAACAGAAACAACAAGAAUCUAGUGAUUCUGAGUACUAUAUUCCAAGUACGAUUAAAAGAAAUAUGCACAAUAAUGUUUUUCAACAUUUAAAGGCAAAGAAAACUGUAUACAAUACCAGUGGUGAAGAAACAACAGAUUCUGAAUUUAUUCCACGAAGAAAUAUUCAAAAGAAAGAAUGUAAUGAAGCGAAUAGAUCCACUGUAAAAACUAACAGGAUCAACAUAGACAACUAUGAUCAAGAAAAUGUUAUAUCAAAUGAAAAUGAUAAAUAUCCUCGAUCAAAUAUAAUUAUUAGUGAUCAAAAUCAGCCAUAUCAGGAAGAGAAAACAGCUCCCCAUGAAGUAAAAACUAAAAAUAAAUCUGAACAAAAUCUACCUUGCACAAAAGAUGAAUGCACUAAGAAGCUUGGCAGAAAUUCUGAACCACAUAUUGCAUACAAACAAAAAAAGGCAUCAGCAAAAUUUUCUAGGAAAGCAAGAUCUUAUUUUCAAAAAAAUUCUCAUUCUGCAUUGGUAGAUUCUGAUUAUACUUUAGUGUGGCCGAAUUGUCAACAUAAUAAAUGUAGUCAAAUGACUAUUCAUAAAUUUCAUAAUCACAAGACAAAAAGGAUUGGUCAUCAUUCUAAUGUUAAGUUACCUAUACAUGAAAAGAAUGGAAAUACCCAAACUGAAAGUAAUUUAAAUUUUAUUGAGCAAAAUCAUUUACAACAUGAUGGGGAUAUACAUUUAUGUCAUAAAGUGAUUAGGAAUCUAUCAAAAUCGGGCUUAAAGAAUAAUAAGUGCAAGUGUGAAAUUUCUCCCAGAUCAAAUACAAUUGAUACAAUUGAAAGUCCAAAAGGUAUUUCUCCUAAAACCCAAGAAUUAUUAAAUAAAAGUUAUUGGGAGUAUUAUAACAAAUUAAGACACAAAAUAGAAAAUACAGACAGCAUAGAGCAACAAUACCUCUGUCAGCUGGCAAUAGAUACACAAGAAGGUAAAAAGGAAAAUGCAGAUGAAACAUAUGAUAAAGAAUUACAAAAUCCAGAACUGAAAACAUUGCAGCAAUGCUCAACUCUUUCUAGUAUGAUUAAUAAAGCAUUGGAUUCAAAUCACCAGUCAAAUAUUGUGGAAACAGACCAAUUACAUUACAAUGAAAAUAUAAAAUCAUUGUCAGCCCCCAUGGCUGAUAUUCAAAAUACUAAUGCAAACAAUAUGGCUUUAAAUUUUACUGAUGGUGAACCUAUGCAUAAUAUAAUGAGAUAUAAAAGAAAUAAAGAGAAAGACAAACAAUUUUUGGAACUUAAAUCUAUUAUUUUUUUUGGUGGUAUGAUGUACAUUUUAGUAAUAUUUCUACCAAUGUUGUAUGAAUAUUUUUAUCAUGAAGAAUAUGAUAAUUAUGAGAAUUUGAAUUAUCUGGAAUUUAUUGUGGAUUAUGUAUUGUCAUCAUUUCAAGAAGCAUUUGGUGGUAUUUUCAAUGGUGUAAAACAAAUUUUUUUCUAUCCACAUGCAUGUAAGAAAUGCAACAAUAUUGCAUAA